UGACAUAAGCAACUUAUAAUGUAGGAAACAGCAGAGAAUUGAACAUAAUCAUUUGCAUGAUGAACCAAAGCAUUUGCAACUUGUUCAAAGAAAUGAGAAACUGCUUUCUUGAUUGCACAAAUGACACAAUGAUGUGAAGAUUGAACAAGUAGUUUUGAGAAUUUCAAUUCUGAUCUGAGAAACGAACCAAAGCGACUGAGAAAAACUGUAAUGUUGAGUUAUUAAUCAAAUAUAACUUGUGACAUUUUCUUUUCAGCCACACCUGAAAAAAACACAUAAACAGUAGAAAACAUAAAAAAAAAAGAAAUAAACAACACAGAAAAAAAAAAAAAAACAACAAAAAAACAUAUAAAAAAGAAAAAAACAUUGAAAAUAAAAAAAGAAAAGACAUGAAAAAUAAAGGGACAUAUAAAAAAGAAAGCACAGGUGGGGCAGGUGUGUCCACUUACUUCAAACAUUAAUGUUCUCAUGUGAAACAGAUCACAGCUGAAUUAUAAUCUCAGUAUUUGAUGUAUUUAGAUAAAUUAUUGAUUAAAAGAUAUUUCAGUCUCAGUCUAAGACCGUCCACGUGGCAUGCUUUACCCUGCGGCGCCCACAGGGUGCGCCCUCCCGCCCUUCGCAGAGGAUUGUGGGUCGGAGGCAGCAGCCGAGCAUCAUCAUCAUCAUCAUCGUUACUACAGCACCGGUACUCUUCUCACCGGACUUUCACCGGAGCUGGGCCGUUUCUCCGCACUGAAGUGCCUGAACAGCGGAGGGGAAGAUGGGACACGGAGACCUGAUGAGCCAGGCGGAGGACGUAGCGGACCAGUUCCUCCGGGUCACCAAGCACUACCUCCCCCACGUGGCCCGGCUGUGUCUGGUCAGCACUUUCCUGGAGGACGGGGUCAGGAUGUGGUUUCAGUGGGCGGAGCAGAGCGAGUACAUCGACUCCACCUGGAGCUGCGGACGCUUCCUCGCCAACAUCUUCGUCCUGCUCAACCUGCUGGGACAGCUGGGAGGCUGUGUGCUGAUCCUCAGCAGAAACUUUGUUCAGAACGCCUGCUUCGCUCUGUUCGGGGUCAUCGCCCUGCAGACGGUGGCCUACAGCAUCCUGUGGGACCUCAAGUUCUUAAUGAGGAACCUGUCUUUGGGGGGGGGUCUCCUCCUCCUCCUGGCCGAGUGCAGGGGGGAGGCUCGCAGCGUGUUUGCAGGAGUCCCCUCCCUCGGUAAUCAGAGUUCUCCAAAGCACCUCCUGCAGCUGGGGGGGCGAGUCCUCCUGGUCCUUAUGUUCAUGACGCUGCUGCACUUUGACCUCAGCCUGUUCAGUAUCCUGCAGAACCUGGUGGGCACGGCGCUGAUGGUUCUGGUGGCGGUGGGCUUUAAGACCAAGCUGGCGGCUCUGACUCUGGUGGCCUGGCUGCUCUGCAUCAACUUCACCUUCAACGCCUUCUGGAGCGUCCCCUCCUACAAACCCAUGCACGACUUCCUCAAGUACGACUUCUUCCAGACCACGUCGGUGAUCGGGGGCCUGCUGCUGGUGGUGGCCCUGGGGCCGGGGGGGGUCUCUAUGGAUGAGAAGAAGAAGGAGUGGUGAGGGGGGGGGGGGGGGGGGGGGGUCAGUGUGUCGUCAUUAUUCUCUCACUCCAUCAUCCUGGAAAAUCAAAACUUUUCAUUUCUCUGUUUUUAUUAAGAAAAGUUUUAAAUGAAUUGACGACUGCAGUGGACGUCUUCGUCUCUCUCUCUGUCUCUCUCUCUCUGUCUCUGUCUCUCUCUGUCUGUCUGUCUGUCUUUCUCUGUCUGUCUCUCUCUGUCUCUCUCUCUCUGUCUCUCUCUCUGUCUCUCUCUCUCUGUCUCUCUCUCUCUCUCUCUUUGUCUGUCUCUCUCUCUCUCUCUCUCUGUCUCUCUUUUUGUUUGUUUGUUUGUUUGUUUACUUCAAGAUGAAAAACAGAAAAACAAACAUCUUGAGGCAUUUUAUCGUUUUCAUUUUCCAGAAAGAUUGGAGUGAUGAUGUUGACACACAUGGUGUGUGUGUGUGUGUGUGUGUGUGUGUGUGUGUGUGUGUGUGUGUGUGUGGUGUGUGUGUUGUGUGUUGUGUGUGUGUGUGUGUGUGUGUGUGUGUGUGUGUGUGUGUGUGUGUGGUGUGUGUGCGUGUGCGUGUGUAAUGAGGGUGUGUGUCCAGCAGGUGGAGGUGUUCACCUGUUGCUUCACUCUUCUUCUUCUGCUCCACGCACAAAAACCAAACAAACACAUUCAGAACCUCCAAGACCAGAGGAUGUCUCUCUCUCUCUCUCUCUCUCUCUCUCUGUCUCUCUCUCUCUCUGUCUCUCUCACUCUGUCUCUGUCUCUCUCUGUCUCUCUCCCUGUCUCUCUCUCUCUCUCUCUCUGUCUCUCUCUCUCUCUCUCUCUCUCUGUC